AUGACCGACAGCGAGAACCAAAGGGCGACAUCUGGAGCUAUGAGGGAAUCUGAUACGAGCGGUGCGAGUGAAGGGGCUCGCGAGGACACGGAGCGCUUCACCAUCUUUCUGGUGAUGUUCCUCGUUGGCUGGAGCGAUGGCAGUCAAGGUCCCUUGCUACCGCUCCUGCAAGAGUACUACAAGAUCGACUAUGUCAUCGUAUCUUUGAUCUGGAUUGCCAUCACCAUCGGGGUCAUUAUCGCUGCCGUCUCAAACAUUCAUCUCGCCGACUGGAUCGGCUUUGGACUGCUCACUCCACUCGGAGCACUCGUUCAAUCUACUGGAUACGUUCUCAUGUGCUGGGGCGGCCCAUACCCUCUGUUCGUCAUUGCCUAUGUCUUCGUCGGGCUUGGUAUGGGAUGGCAGGAUGCUCAAGUCAACUCUCUCUCUACGCGGAUGCCUCACGCUACCACGAUCACCUUCAUGUUACACGCCGCAUAUGGUCUUGGCGCGACGGUUUCCCCAUUCGUCGCUACCCCCUUUGCUCAACGCGUUACCGGCCGAUUCUAUCUCUACUUCAUCACCUCCCUGGGUCUGGGCAUUGGCACGGUCAUCACGUUGAUCCUGACCUUCCAAGGGCGGACGGAGGAUCAGAUCGUUGGGAAGCGCCCGGAUGAGGGUCUGGAGGCUGUACCGGGCGUGCUGAAUUCCGCAACUGAGCCUGGUACGACACCCCUGGACGAGCACAAGGGAGCAGUGCCAGCGGAGGCAGAGUCUAAGGGGGAUAUCAUGCUGCCUACCGAGCUCGGGGAAGCGACCGGCGCCGAGGCAAGGGGGAGUUCUGCGAAGUACAUGGCGAUCCUGUCUACUCCGAAGGCGUAUUUCUUGUGCAUCUACAUCUUCCUCUAUAUGGGUGUUGAAGUCGCCAUCGGUGGCUGGGCCACAACGUUCCUCAUCCAAGAACGAGGAGGGAACUCCUCAUCCGGCUAUGUGACUUCAGGCUUCUUUGGGGGCUUGACGGUCGGACGGAUCGUUCUCAUCCCAGUUACCAAUCGGCUGGGACAUCGUUUGUCAGUGUAUAUAUACACAGUCAUCGCCAUCGGCCUCGAACUCAUCGUCUGGUUGGUCCCAUCUCUGAUCGGCUCCGCCCUCUGCUUUUCCCUCGUCGGUGUCGCUCUUGGUCCGAUGUACCCAUCCUGCGUCAUGAUCAUUACCGAGGUGAUGCCGACCGACCUCCACACCGGUACCAUCGGCCUCAUGGCUUGUAUCGGAUUUGUAGGGAGUGCCAUCAUGCCAUUCAUCACUGGCGCCAUCGCGGACAGGCAUGGAGUGUGGGUGCUACAGCCUCUCAUGAUUGCGCUUCUUACUGUAUCGAUAGGAAUGUGGUUCCUGGUUGCUAGAGCGUCGGCACACAAGCCGUGA